AUGGUGUCCGCUUUGGACAAAACGGUAUCUGAUAUUGUGAAGAGUUUGAUACAGCAGGGGAUGCUUGAGAACUCCGUGAUUGUAUUUUCAUCCGACAAUGGCGGUGCGCCAAAACAGGGCGCUGACAACGCCCCUUACAGGGGCAUCAAGGGAUCUCUCUGGGAAGGUGGGAUAAAAGUGCCAGUUUUUGUAUGGAGUAAACUGCUACAGAGACCGGGAAGAACCGCGCGUGACCUCAUUACCAUCACAGAUUGGUGUCCGACAUUGCUCGGAUUAGCGGGAGUAGAUGUUAAAAAUCUUGGAUUAGAUGGAUUUGAUGUUUGGGAUACUUUAAGUUCCGGAAAAACGGGUCACAGAUACGAGGUCAUCCAUGAACUGAUAUCUCCCUCGUCGUGGUACCCCCCUCGAGGACGCCCGCUUUACAACGACACCUUUGACACCACGCAGAGGGCGUCUCUAAGACGUGGAGAUUGGAAAAUCAUCACGGGGACUGCAGCUUUCGUCACAGAGUAUGUCAAUGGAGAACCAGUGGAACUUGAAAUUAUUGGAAUCGACCCCAGCAUCCAGAACGUGUCCCUUAGCAAGAACGUGUGGCUGUACAACAUUACUAAAGAUCCGUAUGAGCAAUAUGACGUGUCAGAAAAAUACCCGGAUGUAGUGCGACUCAUGUUGGACAGACUAGAAACUAUCCGGCAGAUGGCACCACCUACAAUAUGGCCCGGCCCAGAUCCAGCCCUAAAUGCAGCAACACAGAAUGGUGUUUGGGGUCCGGCUGUUUAUCCUACUAGUGGUUCCACCUCUGAAAGUGCUAAUCGUUACUUUUGGCUUUAUUUCCUCGCCUCAACGGCUUUUUAUGUAUUAAUGUGA